UGAGAAAGCAUUUAUCCGUCGUUCAUGAAGCUGUUCGGUUGUAUUUCUACAAUCUUCGACAGACAGAAACCCGCUGAGGGAUCAGAAACUCUCUGCGACCUGUGUGGAUGCAGUGAACUCUGGUACACAGGAAAAUGUCAGUGAACAGCUGAUGGAGUCUAUCAUCAGUGGAGACUUUGAGUCCUCAGUAUCACUGAAGUUGGGUCUGUGUGCAGAGCAUACAGCAGUAAGGACACAUGGCGUGUACAACACAGUCUGCCAGAGAUUACGUCGAGAGUGCCAGAGUCCACCUUGUGAGAGAAUUAAAGAAUCUCUCAGUGAUUGUGGAGAACUUGUAUCAGCAAAAGGUUUUCCAAGGUGAAGAGGUCAGUAAAAUACAGGCAGAGAAAGAUGACUACGAUAAAACCAGAAAUAUACUAGACUCAGUCACUAAAAAGGGUGAAGCAGCCUGCUACAAGUUCCUCAGGAUUAUUGACAUGACGAGGAAGAGGACCUUAGAGAGGUCAUCCGUUCUCCCUGAGAAACAGAGUGCAGCUUCUACUGAGAACAGGAAGUUUGACCUGCACCACUGGAUCAGCUGCUAUCCUUUCAAAGAAGACACACAGAUGGAUGUAAACUACUUACAAGGCCCAAGGCCGUGCCACCGAUAUCAGGCACAGUUGAAGUCAAAAGCACAAAAAAUAUCAAAUAAGUUUUGGAAGGCAAACAAAAAUCUGUUUGAAGGAAACAACAAGCCUGAUCUGUCGUACACUGCACUUGUAUUAGACACACAAGGAGGUGAUUCUCCAUCUAAAAUAAAGAAGUUAAAGAACAAGAAAAGGAAGCUGAGUCGCCCUAAAAAGAUGAAGACGUACAUCCCUAAAGACAGACCUGACAUUUCCCCCAGUGACCUGCUGAAAACAGAUAAAAACAUACUCUUGGUUGGUAAGCCUGGAAUUGGAAAGACUGCACUCUGUCAUGAACUGUUGAGACUCUGGGCAGAAAGAGACAACAAGGAGCUCGAUUACAUGUUUUACUUUGACAUGAGAGAAACAUCCGACAUUACGAAGGAAGGCCUAUGA